AUGGAACGGUUUUUUAAGAGAAAGUCAUUAUUGGGUUCGGGUAGCUCAGAUAAUGUUGAUAGUUCAAAUAAUGUUGGUAGUUCAAGAACUCCGAGUUCAAGACAAAAUCAGUUAGAUGGUGUUUUGGGUAAUCUUCAAGCGGACCCUGGAUUAAGAACUCGAAUGAUAGAUUAUGAUGCUAAUAUGAGAGAUGAGGUCCGAAGAUCAUAUCUACAAAAAGGACCUUGUCAACCUAGAGUGGGUAGUGAGGCUUUCACUGGAGAUGGAUUUAAGAAUUGGAAGAAAGGGAGAGAAAGAUUUAAGAUGCAUGUUGGACCGGUUGGGAGUGUUCAUAACAAAGUUAGAGAAGUUGCUAUAAAUUUGAUGAAUCAAAGCACACAUAUUGAAACGGCAGUGAGCAAACACUUCAACCAAGCUCAUAAUGAUGAUAAAGUUAAACAAGUUGUGAUGGAAAAUGCUCCGGGGAAUCUCAAAUUACUAGCUCCUUGCAUUCAAAAAGAAAUUGUGAAUUCAUGUGCCCUUGAAACACUUGAUGCUAUCAUGGAUGGUCUAAAAGAUAGAUUUUUUUCAAUAUUGGUGGAUGAAGCACGUGAUGUGUCGGUAAAAGAGCAAAUGGCUAUGGUGUUGCGUUAUGUGGAUGACAAAGGGCAUGUAAUUGAAAGAUUUGUGGGUAUCCAACAUGUUACCGACACUACUUCAAGUUCACUAAAGGAUGUUAUUGACACAUUCUUUUCUCGCAACGGUUUGAGCCUUUCCAAGCUACGAGGACAAGGUUAUGAUGGUGCUAGCAAUAUGAGAGAUAAGUUGAAUGGCCUUAAAACAAAGAUAUUGAAAGAACAACCUUGUGCAUAUUAUGUUCAUUGCUCUGCUCAUCAACUUCAACUAGCUCUUGUUACCGUGGCAAAGAAGAAUAUAUACAUUGCCUCUUUUUUUGCAACGGCUAAUAGUGUGGUUAAUCAUGUUGGAGCAUCUUGUAAGCGGCGUGAUUUCCUUAGAGGACAACUCCAAGAAGAGCUUGUGAUAGCUUUUGAAAAUGAUUGCCUUAUAACGGGGUGA